GUGGACUUUCCGUUCCGAGUGACUGACUUAGAGCAUGCCAUCAUUAAUCUAAAGUCACAGUCCCCAAUCCUACUACUGGGUCGGAGUGGAACAGGCAAGACAACCUGCUGUCUGUACAGACUGUGGACCCAGUUCCUAUCCUACUGGACUAAAGCAACAGAGGCUGAGGCCCCGCUCCUUCCCAGGAGUUCGGUCAACAGGACAACGGAGGAGGACGGAGAUGAAGAGGAUGAAGAUGAUAAUGAAGAUGAGGAAGAGGAGGAUGACCCCUUAGAGGAACUCCUCGGAGCGACAGUCGGGGCAGAUGGCAAAGUAGUAGAGGAAAAUGGAGAAGAAGUGGAAGGACAGAUCUACGACCAUCUCCAUCAGAUCUUUAUCACAAAGAAUGCUGUGUUGUGUAAUGAGGUGCAAAAGAACUUUCGAGAGCUGAGCCAUGCCUGCGCCAUAGCAAAGAACCAAGUGGAGACGGAGGACCAGGUGUUGCCCCCACGUCUACAGGACAUUGGUGAUUACCACUUCCCUCUCUUCAUUACCUCCAAACAGCUGUUGCUGAUGCUGGACGCAUCUCUAGGACAACCCUAUUUUUUUGAGCGAGGAGAGGAUGGUGGACUGAAGGUUGAUGUUCAGGGCUGGACCGAUGGCGAGGGCUUGCUCAGCAUCCUUCCUCUCCUGGCCGAGGAAUCUGAUGACGAGGACGAUGAUGAAGGACAGUUCGAUGAUUUAGAGGAUGAUGAUGACAGACAACAAGCUGCUAAAAGCAAAGUGAAAGUUGACCCUCGAAGAGAGGUUACUUACGAUGUCUUCAGCGAGGAAAUCUGGCCAAAGAUUUGCAAGAAGUUUGGAGGAAAAUACCAUCCUUCACUGGUGUGGACAGAAAUCAUGUCCUUUAUCAAAGGGUCAUUUGAAGCCCUGUCAAAACCCUCUGGAAUUUUAGGGAAGGAAGAGUACUUCGAACUCGGGAAGAAGCGAGCUCCCAAUUUUACUGGCAGACGUACAGACAUGUACGAUCUCUUCAAGAAAUAUGACCAUUUCAAGAAGCAGAAAUUCCUGUUUGAUGAGACAGACUUGGUUCGGUCGGUGUACAACCGCCUAAAGCAGGAGACCGAUAUCUCUUGGGUAAUCCAUCAGGUGUUCGUAGAUGAAACCCAGGACUUUACACAAGCAGAGCUCUGUCUCCUCCUCCGAAUCUGUCAAGAUCCAAACCAGAUGUUCCUCACUGGUGACACAGCUCAGAGCAUCAUGCGUGGGAUAGCUUUCCGCUUCAAUGAUCUCAAGUCUAUUUUCUUCUAUGCUAAACAGUCACUACAGGCUCACGGCAAGGUAUCAAAUAUCGAAGUCCCAAAGCGAGUGCACCAGCUAACUCAUAAUUAUAGAUCUCAUGCAGGCAUUCUGUUUCUAGCCUCUAGUAUCCUUGACCUCAUGGUCCGUUUCUUCCCAGAGUCUUUUGACCGGCUACAGAAGGACCAGGGCCUGUUUAACGGUCCACGUCCAGUAUUGUUAGAGUCCUGUAGCUUCAGUGACCUUGCCAUGCUGUUGCGGGGCAGUCGACGCAAGACGUCGCACAUCGAGUUUGGGGCACACCAAGCAAUACUGGUUGUUGAUGAAGCAGCAAGGGAUAACAUCCCAGAGGAGUUACAGCUAGGACUUAUUCUGACCAUCUAUGAAGCCAAAGGACUUGAGUUUGAUGACAUUCUGCUCUACAACUUCUUCAAAGACUCGCAGGCAAACAAGGAAUGGAGGGUUGUCACAGAGUAUUUGGAAGAGCUGGCCAUCGGAACUAAAGGAGCAAAGGGAGACAACUCCCCAUCACACCAGGAAAGUCUUGUACAGAUUGACGCAGACGUACUACAGCAGACCAACCGACCUAGGGCCCUGAAGUUUGAUAACAGUCUACACAAAGUACUCAACUCCGAGCUUAAACACCUGUACACAGCGGUGACUCGUGCUCGCGUCAAUGUGUGGAUCUUUGACGAGGACCAGGACAAGCGGGCGCCCAUGUUUGAAUACUUCAAGGCUCGCAAGCUAGUCAAGAUCCUCAACAGCACAGAUGUAGAUGAAGAGAGCACAGAUACCAUUGGUGGUAUGUUUGCGGAGGAAUCCAGUCCAGAAGACUGGAUUAAACGAGGUGAAGACUUCAUGAAGCAUGCUUUGUACGAUGUUGCGGCGAAGUGCUUCAUUCGGGGAAGAGAUCAUAAGCUACAAAGAGUGGCUCUGGCUCAUCAGCAAGCAUUAAAGGCCUCCCGCACAAAGGACAGUCACCAGCGCAUGCGAGAUGAGUUUCUGUUCGCUGCGGAGAUGUUCCUAGACUGCUCUCUACCCUCACAGGCCGGCAAGUGUCUACAGAACGCUCGGGAGAGGGAGCUGGUUGCCCAUCUGUUUGAGAAGAUUGGCUUUCUUGAGAAAGCGGGGGAAACCUACCGGAAGAUAAAACGGCCAAUUGAAGGCAGUCGCUGUUAUGAACAGCUUGGACAUUUCAACCUGGCGAUCGACACGCUGUGUGAGAACGAGUACUAUGAUAUGGCUAUAGACACACUCUGGAGAUACAACAAACUGCUAGAGAGCCUGGGAUCUAAAGAUGAAGCUGUACCUGCUGUGUUAUUGGACCAUGCACCAGAUACACUGCGUACACGAGAACGUCUUAGUCACAUGGCUGCUGAGUUUCAUUACCGGAACGGUAACGAAGUUCGCAUGUUGGUGAACCUGGAGCGCCUGGAACACCUGAGUGACCGUAUAAACUUCCUCAAAAACAAGGGCUACUUUGACCAGGCAGGCACACUUCUCCAAAAGGAAGGUUGGUAUUCAAUUAUUAGCUCACAUGGCCCAAAGGGACAA